CAUUCUGUAAUACGCAAUGCCUGAGUUCCGGAGAUAAGAAGACGAAAAUUAUAAUAACUUUGAUCUUCUCUUUCAAUUUUCCUUUGAUAUUUUCGACAGAAUUUUGGUGGGUUGGUGGAGUAAAAUCCAGCACCUUAUCUUCGAAGAAUAACCUUUCAUAAUUACCAGUUUCCUUCCUUAAUAGCCUCAAACGAACAAUUUCUGGUCCGAAGAAGGUGUACAAGGUUAAACAAAACUAAACAUAAAAUCCCUGUCUUUCACUGUAUUCUUUGUCCUGCUCGCCCUGUCUUGUUCACCUCUGUUUUUCUUUUUGUUUCUGCAGCCCUUUUUUUUUUUGUCUUGGAACAUCUCUGAGAACUGUCGGCUUCUGUUUUAUGGAUUCGUGAAGAAAACGUUGUGCUGUUCCUUUUUAUUGUUGGCAAAACUUGCUGUCCUGGUUUGACGUAGCUCCUACAUUUAAGUUGAAUCGAAUAUUCGUGUUCUUUGAGUAUGGAUAAAGAGAAACCAAAUAUUCAUUCCCCUGAUACGGUUCUGGAGGACUUUUUUAGAAGUGAGGACUCUGAAACAGUGUCUUCGAAAGCAAGCACGUCUGAAAUCGAAGCCCAAGAAGAUCGAAAACCUGCUUCUUUAUGGGCUGCAUUUAUUCAACUAUUUAGAUAUGAGUCGAAAGGACAAUUCGCCAACUUGCAUCCUCUCAAUGCCUUCAAACUAUCCAAGAAAUUUAGCAGCAGCAUGAGAGAGUACGCAUGUGGCUUGUCUAAUCCCCUUAUCAAUUCCAAUCUAAACUAUUUCAAGCCUCACUGGAAGAACUUUAGUUUCUCCGAACUUCAAACUGCAACCAACUUCUUUUGCCAAGGUUAUUUGAUUGGGAAAGGCGGUUAUGCCGAAGUAUACAGGGGCUGUUUGGAAGGAGGCCAGCUAUUUGCAAUUAAACGGUUGACAAGAGGACCCAUGGAAGAGAGAAUCGGGGAUUUUUUAUCUGAACUCGGGAUAAUGGCUCAUGUUAACCAUCCCAAUACUGCUAAAUUGAUUGGCUAUGGAGUUGAAGGUGGAAUGUACCUUGUCCUCGAGCUGUCUCCAGUCGGAAGUUUGGCUUCUUUACUUCACAAUUCAAAGAAGCUGGAAUGGGAUAUCCGGUAUAAGGUUGCCUUGGGAACAGCUAAGGGCUUACUGUAUCUUCACGAAGGUUGUCAAAGGAGAAUUAUCCAUAGAGAUAUCAAGGCCGCAAAUAUAUUGCUUACGGAAGACUAUGAACCUCAGAUUUGUGAUUUUGGACUUGCAAAAUGGCUGCCAGAGCAAUGGACUCACCUCACCCUAUUAAAAUUCGAAGGCACAUUCGGAUAUCUUGCUCCAGAGUUCUUAAUGCACGGUAUAGUAAAUGAAAAAACUGACGUUUUUGCCUUUGGGGUGCUGCUGUUGGAACUUAUUACUGGUCGUCGAGCACUGGAUUAUUCACAGCAAAGCCUUGUUAUGUGGGCAAAACCACUGUUAAAGAAGAACAAAAUUAAAGAGCUCGUCGAUCCCUCUCUUGCCGAUGACUACAACUCGGUACAGAUGAAUCUCAUGAUAUUGGUUGCUUCUCUGUGUGUUCAGCAGUCUUCUGUUCGACGUCCUCAAAUGAGUCAGGUUCUGCUGCUUCUAAGAGGAAGCUGUGGUAGCCUAGACUUGGUAAAAAAAUGUAGAAAGCUGUCCAGUUGGAAGAAGUAUUAUAAAGAGCUUUUUAGUGCAGAAGAACACAGCUCAAAUCGCAGUUUUAGUCUGCGAUCACAGAUGGCCCGGGAAGUCUGAUUAUUAGAGCCAGAGUUUCCUAUCAUUUGCUUGUAUAUGGCUCGUGCAGCCCACCUGCUGCCGGGAGUUUUUUGUUUGAAGAAAGCGCCAUUUGCAGGUUCACAUAUUAUCAGGCAAAGAAAGCAAUGUACAGCUCAAGACCGAAAGGGCGAGAUUAAGAAAAUUGUAAAGUUAUAUUACAACAAUGAACUGAAUGAAGUGGUGAAAAAGGAUUUAUGUAGUCGAGUCUAGAUUUAUUGAGGUUGUUCUGUAUUAAGUAAUCAAAUACGCGAUUGUGAAUAUUGAAAUUUUUUUGCUGAGGAAAGGAUAGACAUAUUUUUUGCUUUUUUCUGGUUAAGUCCAGACUGAAAUUUGUCGCAUUUCUGGUGCAAUUAUUAUAGACAAGUGAUCCUAUGUUGUACAUAA